CUCCUCCCGCCAUGUACUACACAGAACUCGAUCCUCAAUUCCAAUCGCCGUCGCCGGCGGCCACCACCGCCGGGGACUCGUGCUCCCGGGGACACCGAUCAAGCCUAUGCAUCGCCACAAUAGAAGGAGGCUCCAUCUGCCUCGUCUGCGUCUCCAAUCUCAUCACCAACCCGCGCUCUCUCUCCCACCACGUCGCCUACGCGCUCACUCAGCUCUCCGCCGCUCUCUCGCAGCCGCAAUUCCUCGAAACUCUGCUCACUUUCCACCCUCACUACCUCGUCUCCCCGCUCAUCCACGCUCUGUCGCUCUUCCCCGACCCCGCCAUCGCCGGCCAACUCUUCCACCUCAUCUCCGCCCUCUCCGCCGCCCGCCAGCUUCCUCUCGCUCCGCACUUCCUCGCCGGCCUGGCCGAUCGCAUCUCCUCCUCGGCCUUCUCCUGGACUCCCGCGCACCUCCACAUCCUUCACUGCUUUGGAAUUCUCUUGAGCUCUGCUCAUGCUGACGAUCCAUAUGCUCACGUUAAGGACAGUGUUGCUCUCCUGUCUAAUCUUGUCACUGCUCUUCAGCUCCCCAGUGAGGAAAUUCAGGCAGAGGUCUUUUUUGUCCUUUAUAGACUAUCCCUUCAUGGUGGUGACGAUGAGGUUGGCAUUCUGUUAUCCUUUUGCCCAAAGCUCUUGCGUCUCUCGCUCGAGGCCCUUCUCAAAACGCAAAACGAUGCUGUUCGCCUCAACUCGAUAGCGCUCUUGAAGGUUCUUGCUCGAAGAGGGUGCUUUGAGAAUACAUACCAAAAUGACAUAUGCAGCACGGGAUCUGAUGAAGCAGAUAGCUUAAUGCAAACCAUAGAUGAUAGAUUAGAUCCCUCUCCUUUAAGUGUUUUAUUUGCUGAGGCCAUCAAAGGCUCGUUGCUUUCAUCAGACAGACAGAUCCAAACCAGUGCACUCGAUCUCAUCAUUCACUAUCUUACUAGGGAAGGCACUCCGUGCAAAGAGGCAGAGAUAUUGUUAGAAGAGAACAUUGUAGACUAUGUCUUUGAAAUACUGAGACUGUCAGGCAAGUGGCUCUGCUCUGAAUGUACAGAUCCAGUCAUCAACUCUUGCCUUUUAGUCCUUGAUCUUCUCUCUGCAGCUAAAAAGGGCUUCAUAGAAAGGCUUGUUGUCGGACUCUCAACUCUGGUUCCAGUGUUGUGCUACAUAGCUGAAGUCCCUUUCCAUCCGGUCCAGUAUCAAGCUCUGAAACUCAUUGGCAGCGGUCUAUCCAAUUGUCCUGGAAUAGUAUCGUCUUCCCAUGUUGAGGAAGUAUUUCUAGCUCUGACAAAGAUGUUAAAGAGACAUGCUGAUGGGGAGUUGGGCAUGCCAGUGGAGGCAUUCACAAUGGUUUGCUCGAUGUUUGUAACACUCCUGAAAUCCUUGCCUCUCCAGGAUAAUCCUGAUCUGGCGGAGAGAGUUCAAGAAGCAACAAAUCAUGCUAUUCUAGCUUGUCUAAAUGCAAGUGAUAAAGAUCCUAGACAGCUCUUGCAUGCCUUUCAUCUGGUUAAAGAGGCAUAUAACCGGGGAUCCUCUGGCAUUACCAGCAUAAUAAACUGCAUCAUUAACAUUUGUACAGCACAUCUAUUGCCUUGGAUUAUUGCUGCCUUUGAUGAAGUCGAUGAGGAAGUGUUGCUUGGGCUGCUCGAAACAUUUCAACAUAUACUGGUUCAGGAUUCUGAUAAUCAAGCAAGUCGUCUGGCAAAUGCCAUGGUUACCUCCUCUUGGUUCAGUUGGUCAUUUGGAUGUAUGGGAUUAUUUCCUACUGAAAGUAUGAAAGUUGAAGUCUAUUUACUGUUCAGUUCACUUGUGGAUGUUCUUGGAACUGGCAUUGGGCUGCACAUUCGGGAGGCUGCUGCAGAUCUGCCAACCGAUCCAAUUGAUUUACUGUUUCUACUUGGGCAGAAGAGCUCUCAAGAUACAUUAUUAUCUUGUUGCCAGUCUGCAGUUCUGUUGAUUUUUCACACCAGUUCUCUGUACGAUGAUAGGGUUGCAGAUGAGAAGUCAAUACUAGCUUCACUUGAACAGUAUGUUCUUGUCAAUCGUAGCAAGCUCUUCUGCAGUGGUUCUGAUACAUGGAAAGCCAUGCAACUGAUAAAUCUUUAUGGUUUAUGUCGGGGUUCGGCAAAUGAGCAGGACCCAAUUUCCUAUAGCUUAGAGGUUGAGAACAUUGUGCUUCAACUAGUCGCACAAGAUGAAUGGGAUUUGCUCUCUUCACGACUUCAUUUUGUGUCGUUAAAAUGGUGGUUUCGACAAGAGAAGAUCCACAAGCUACUGGGUUAUCAAAUCCUGAAGUUCUGCAGAACCAAUCCCUCAGAUGAAAUUUGUAUGCCUGGUCCCGAGGACAUCAAUCAGAGUUUGAAUUUGAGAGUAAUUGCAGAGUUGGCCACAUCAGGAGACAACCAUGUUGCAAGAAUUCUGAUUUGCUUAUUAGUACUGCUAGUUGAGGAAGAGCACCAGGAAGAGGACAUUAUACUGGUUUUAAACCUCAUGAAAUCAAUCAUCAGAACGUCUCCAGCUUCAGUAGAUGAAUUUUGUUUGAAUGGCAUGGGAAAUGUUCUCCGAACUCUUUAUUACAGCCCAUAUUCUUCGUCUUCACCACAACUAUUCAUGGCUUGCCAAAGUUUAGUAUCUAUUGUCCUUCGCUGUGUGAACCCAGAAGCACUUUGUGAUGAUCAAGCUUGGCUUGCAGUGACAGUAAAGAUGGUAGACUGUAUAACUUCCCCCAGAAUGGCUUCGAAAACCUUGUCUGAUGAAGGGAUGCAAGUAGUCACCAGUUUUUGCUUUAUAUUGCACCAUUCCACAAAGAAAGCUCUGUUAGAUGCUUCCAAGACCAUACUUUUCAAUGCUUCUCUGGUGUCUAUGGUUGAUGACAUGGUGCGUGCAGCCUGUUCGAAAGGACCUGCUUUAGUCGAUUAUGACGAAGGAACUAGCAGUGGAGAAAAUCUUACAGUCAUGCUUUUGCUUAGCUAUUUCUCUUUGAAAAGUAUACAUUCUCUUCUUCCAGACUCUGCUGACUGGCAAACUCUACUAAAACCAUCAAACGACACUGGAUCACCUACCAUAGGCAUCAACUGUACUGACUUGUGCCGGCUGAUGCAUUUUGGGUCUCCUGUAAUCAAGCUUGUCUCUUCAUAUUGCCUGCUCGAAUUAUUUACUAGAGUAACAGAACAGAGAAAAAAGAAUCACGAAGAAGUAAAGUGUGCAAAGGGUUAUCUAAUGUCGAUAGCAGCUAUACUAGAAGGCUUAAUGUUUUACAGCAACAUAAGAGUGUCAAUGAACUGUGGCCUCUGCUUGUCCAUGCUUCUGAGCUGGGAGAGACUGGAUUUGGAGGAAGAAUAUUGGUGCAAGCUGAUUGUCGAAGAGAUGGCAACUUCCUUGGCUGUUCCGUGCUUAGCAUCGAAAUCAUUCGUCAACCACCACAAGCCUGCUGUCCAUGUGGCUGCUACAUUGCUGAAGAUUCAGAAAUCUCCUGCUUGGGUGCGCAGCGUGCUUGACGAGGCCUGCAUUGAUGGCAUAUUAAAGAACACUACAGGGAAUAACAAGACGAAGGAGAUACUGCUCUUGUUUCGAGAGCUGAUGAACUCCAAGUUUCUGAAGAAAGAUCAAAUGGCUUCUCUGAAUAGGUUGCUUCAGGAGUGCCGGAAGCUUGCAUAUGCAGAAGAAUCUCGAGACGAAUCAAAAGGUGACAACAUUGACAGGAACAAGAAGAGAGAGAGAGGAGCAGACGAUCUGGGAGAAGCAUGCGAGUACCUCAUUCACUUGAUGAUGUCUGCAGAUUUGGAUCCACAGAGGCGAAGUAGAAGACUUUUGGACGAAGUAGAAAUGUUCUCAAAGAUGAUUCCCAUGGAAGCGAGAUGA